GAAGGGUUGGAACGACAUCGGAGAUGUUCAUUCACGAUUCAUCCUGUUACAGAAAGACAAAUAAAAAAUGGCCUGUUGAGUUUAUGUGGACCAAUCUGUAACGGAGCUGUCUUCUCUCUCUCGUGUAAAAGGAAAAUCGAACACAACAGGAGACGACAGAGAGAGCUCCCUAGCUUGCGAGGACAAAGGACCCAGAUUCCUAAAAGAUUAUAAAAUCACUUCGAAAAUAUUUCCAUUUUUUAAUUGAGAUUUUAAAAAAAGGGACUGAAGAUUUACUCUGCAAAUCUUUCAAUUUUCCUUCUCUCCCUCUCAGAUGUCUGUGCGAGAGGAAGAUUUUGGUGCCCGAUUGUGCAGAGAGAUCAGGUUUUCUUGCAUUCAAUUUGAUCUUUGAAACUGAUAAUUUUGGUUCUUUAGUUGGGUUCUUGACUGUACUGGGGAUUUCUUGAACUGGGUUUGCAUCAAAACCCUUUCUUGCUCUGGGGUUUUAGAUUUUACUGGGGGGUUUUGGUUUGUCAAGGUCCUCCCAUUCGGUAUCUUCUUCCGCAUCAACAUUGAGAUUGGAUCGCAAUUCUUGAGCUGCUGGUGUAUCAGACCUUUGUAGGCUGUUUUGUUUAUGAUUCUUAAUUGAAUUUCAAUCAAUAAUCAAUUGACAGUCUCAAAGUUGUCACUUUGAAUUCUCUUGUCAUAAUUGGCCCUGGGAUACAACUGUCUGUAGCUUUAUAUAGAGUUUGAUUUUGGCUUCUAGGUUAUUCUUGAUUAUUCGAUAAAGAAACUUUGAAUUGCAAUGACUAAUCCACCACCACCUUCCCUUGGAUAUUCUGUUACUGUUACUCCCUCAAACCCUGACUCAUCAACCCCUCAACCAGUGAAAAAUUCUGCUCCUCCUCCUACAAUGUUACCUGGAGCUCCGCGAUUUCCUCCUCCUAAAUUGCAACAAGAUCAGAUCCCUUCUCCUUUUUUUCAGAACCCAAAUUUGUUGUCACCUGCCAAUGGGGUUAGGAGCCCAGUUCCUCAUCUAAGCACCCCCCCUGGUCCUCCUGUUUUUAAAUCGCCAGUCCGGCCUGCUGCUGUGCCUUUUUGGACUUCUCCUGCAACUCCUCAACCAAUUGCUUUCUCAUCAGGCUCAACAUUGCCAACAUCCUCGCCUCCUCAUUUUUCAAAUGGUUCAGUUGAGUUGCAGCACCAAGUUCCCCUCGCUACAGAGGACUCAACACUUGUCAAUGAAUCAUCAUGUGCUUUGUUCUCUGCUCACAAGGUCUUGAAGCAAAAGAAACUAACAAAUGUUCCAAGUUUGGGCUUUGGGGCAUUAUUUUCUCCUGGGAGAGAGAUUUUUCCAGGUCCUCAAAUAUUACAGCGUGAUCCUCAUCGUUGCCACAAUUGUGGAGCUUAUGCAAAUCUUUAUUGCAAGAUAUUACUUGGUUCAGGCCAGUGGCAAUGUGUGAUUUGCCGGAAACUGAAUGGAAGUGAAGGUGAAUAUGUAGCUCCAAGCAAAGAAGAUCUUCGCAACUUUCCAGAACUUUCAUCACCCAUUGUUGAUUAUGUUCGAACUGGGAACAAGAGACCUGGUUUUAUUCCUGUUUCUGAUUCCAGAAUGUCUGCACCCGUCGUACUUGUUAUAGAUGACUGUUUAGAUGAACCCCACCUGCAGCAUUUGCAAAGCUCUUUGCAUGCAUUUGUGGAUUCACUCCCCCCUACAGCAAGAAUUGGAAUAAUACUAUAUGGUCGUACAGUGUCAGUUUAUGAUUUUUCAGAGGAAUCAAUGGCAUCUGCUGAUGUACUUCCUGGUGACAAAUCACCUAUCCAAGAGUCCUUGAAAGCAUUGAUCUAUGGAACUGGUGUGUACUUGUCACCAAUGCAUGCUUCAAAGGAAGUAGCGCACAAAAUAUUCUCAUCUUUGAGACCGUAUAAAUCGAACAUUGCAGAAGCUUUAAGAGAUCGGUGCCUGGGUACUGCAGUUGAGGUUGCUCUGGCUAUAAUUCAAGGACCAUCAGCAGAAAUGUCCCGAGGUGCAGUUAAAAGGAAUGGAGGCAAUAGCAGGAUCAUCGUGUGUGCUGGCGGGCCUAAUACAUAUGGCCCUGGAUCAGUUCCUCAUUCUUUUAGCCACCCAAAUUAUCCUCAUCUGGAAAAAACAGCCUUGAAAUGGAUGGAGAACCUGGGUCGUGAAGCCCAUAGAAAUAAUGCAGUAGUUGACAUUCUGUGUGCUGGAACUUGCCCUGUUAGAAUUCCAGUUUUGCAGCCGCUUGCAAAGGCAUCUGGAGGUGUUUUGGUUCUUCACGAUGACUUUGGGGAGGCCUUUGGUGUGAAUUUGCAAAGGGCAUCUUCUAGGGCAUCAGGUUCCCAUGGUUUGUUGGAGAUUCGAUGUUCUGAUGAUAUUUUAAUUACUCAAGUUGUGGGUCCUGGUGAAGAAGCGCAUGUUGACACACACGAAACUUUCAAGAAUGACAAUGCACUCUGCAUUCAAAUGCUAAGUGUUGAAGAAACACAAAGCUUUGCACUCUCUAUGGAAACUAAAGGAGACAUCAAGAGCGAUUGUGUAUUUUUCCAGUUUACUGUUGAAUACACAAAUGUUUAUCAAGCUGAUAUUUCAAGAGUGGUUACUGUCAAGUUGCCUACUGUGGAUAGUGUUUCAGCAUAUCUUGAAAGUUUUCAAGAUGAAGUGGCUGCAAUCCUUAUCGCCAAGAGAACCCUCUUGCGAGCCAAAAACCAUUCAGAUGCCAUGGAUAUGCGUGGAACAAUAGAUGAAAGAAUUAAAGACAUUGCUUUAAAAUUUGGGUCCCUAGUACCCAAGUCAAAACUUCAUAGAUUUCCUAAAGAACUCUCUGCAUUACCAGAGCUCCUUUUCCAUCUUAGAAGGGGCCCUCUUUUGGGAAGCAUUGUUGGUCAUGAAGAUGAGAGGUCUGUGUUGCGGAAUUUGUUUUUGAAUGCAUCUUUUGAUCUUUCACUCCGAAUGGUAGCACCUCGUUGUCUAAUGCACCGAGAAGGGGGAACUUUUGAGGAACUUCCAGCUUAUGACCUUGCAAUGCAGUCUGAUACAGCUGUUGUUCUUGACCAUGGUACAGAUGUCUUCAUUUGGUUGGGUGCUGAGCUAGCCGCUGAUGAAGGAAGAAGUGCAGCUGCUUUAGCAGCUUGCAGAACAUUAGCUGAAGAGAUAACUGAAUUGCGGUUUCCAGCACCUAGAAUCCUUGCAUUCAAGGAGGGAAGCUCUCAAGCUAGAUAUUUUGUUUCUCGGCUGAUACCUGCGCACAAGGACCCACCUUAUGAACAGGAGGCAAGAUUCCCGCAGCUUCGAUCUCUGACAACAGAACAACGAACAAAGCUAAAAAGCAGCUUUAUUCACUUUGAUGAUCCAAGUUUCUGUGAGUGGAUGCGAAGUCUGAAAGUGGUGCCCCCAGAACCAAGUUAAUUUGUAGUUUUACAUAAUUUAAUUGCUAAUGUACUUCCAGAAAAAGGGAGUCUUGGGAACUGCAUCCUGCGUCGCCUGUGGAAAUCCAUCUUCUCCUGUCGCUAUAUUUUUUUUUCUUUCCGUGGUCGAGGGGGUGUUACCUGGAUGGCGUCUUCGGUGGCUAUCAUCUCAUCCUUAAUUUUUUUUUUUUCACAAAGAAAACAUCUGUUCUCACCGUCACUUGAAAAGGUUUGAAAUGGUCCCCGUCCUAUUCUGUUUCCCGGUUGAAAUGCUUUGGAUGAGCAAUAAAGCCUUCGUGGUUUUGUUCCA